AAUUUUUAGUUGUGCUUUUGGUAGUCGAAAUCUCAAAUAAUUGCUCUCCUUUCUAGCUUGUGGUAUUCUUAGUUACCUCUGUUGUUCACUGUGAAAACCCAAUUGCUGACUUUCAAUACGAAGGGUAAAGUACUUACGUCAGCGUCCACUUUGGUGUUUUGAUGAGGCGUGUUACUUCGAUGUGGAUUGUCCAACACUUCUCGUCGAACUGACAGGUUCAUGUAUAGGUCACUUCACAGGUUUACUCCUCUGGUGAACAGUGCUAAUGGCCGUCCAGUCACUGGUGCCGCCGCCGCCGCCGCCGCCACCACCACCACCGCUGGCGGAUCAGUGGCUGGUGUGCCGUUGCCAGCAGCCACUACAUUGCUAUCAGGCACAUCAACACCAUGGACACGCACAGCACAACAGCAGCAGCAGCAAUACCGCCAUCUACAUGCUACCGCACACACCUGCAUCCGUCGGAAGGUUGACCUCGGACCCGGCCAGCCCAAGAAUGCCAAGGUCAACGAGGAGGCGCUGUUCCGCCACGUCCGUCCACCCAUGGACAAUUCCUAUGGUAGCAAUGAGUUAAAGAGUGCCAAGAGGCUUGUUAAUGAGCUCAUUGGUAAUCAACGCUCCCAGAAGAGUGUUAGCAAGAUGAUGCAGGCACAGAGCCGCAAGUAUAAGCGAGAUGCAGAGCUGAGGAAGUUAACUGGAAACAAACCGGAACAUUCAGCGCACGCACAGACUGGUGCCCCUACCGCUGGCCAAAGGCAGGCAAAGGAGAGUGCUCGAGAAGCUCACAAGACAAGAAAGUCGCCAAUCACAGAUUUGCCAGAGUCCAAUCUACCCCCACCUGGUGUAGAAAUGGACAAGGAAGAUACCAAGCCAUCAGUGAAAAGGCGUAUCAUGUACCCACUUGUGUUUGGAUCUCGGGACCGGAAAGUCAGCCGCAGCUACAAGCGUCUGAUUGAUCGGCUCAGAACCAAAGCAGGAAAAUUGAAGACCAAGCAUCCGCUGCAAGCGAUCCACCCUGGUGGCAUGUCUUCCGGAGGUGAUUUGGUCUCUUACUGCAAGCGUAUGGAGAAACUGACAGCAAAGAACCGAAAUAUCCAUCGAUGGCUUGAGGAAGCACGCAUGUCACCUGAUGAGCGUGAGGCCAAAGCCCGCAUCGCAAAGGAACAGAAGUCGUUGGAGUUUAAGAAGAAAUCCAAGUCCAAGGCCCUGGCAGUGCCGGAAAAGCCACAGAACAAUGCCGAUGUGCAACUGCGGCGCAACGUCAAGUUACUGAAGCUUGCUGAGACCAUGGCCGCCAAGCCAGCUCUCAAGUAUGCACCCACCGCCAACGAGCAUGACACGGAGAUGUAUCUGAAGAACGAAGCUCGGCUUCAGUUUAUGUCUCAUGAACUGCGUCACAUGCCUAGUGAUCGUGAGGGCAGUGAACGUGAUAUUAUGGCCAGGGAUUGUUCGCCGCGAUCAGCGGUGGUCGGCCAUGAACGUCAUAGGCAAACCCGUUUCCACGACUGCGUGACCAUCUCAGUGAAAGGAGGCCAUGGCGGUGAUGGCCGUCAGAAGUCGCGCAGUGUUGGUGGUGACGGUGGUAACAUCUACAUUGAGGCUGUGCAAGGUGUGUCGUUGGAUGCUCUUGCAAAUCUUCCUGUGCGCCGCUUCACAUCGGAACUUGGUGGCAAUGGAGAUGUGAGCAAGCUGAAGGGUCGCCGUGGCAAUGACAUGAUCAUCUCAGUACCAGUAGGUACAGUUGUUACCAAGCUAUCUGGCGAGGCCGGCGGCAAGAUGAGUUCUGAUCUGAAUCAUGACAGCCAGAAAGUACUGGUUGCCAAAGGUGGCACAGGUGGUUCAGUGUUCACGGAGCCACCGUGGAAGGGCACACUGGGUCAGAGGCAGUCACUGCGCUUGGAGCUGAAGAUGUUGGCAGACGUUGGACUGGUUGGCUUUCCCAAUGCUGGAAAGAGUACGCUACUCUCACGAAUGUCGCGCUCUGAGCCAAAGAUUGCCUCGUAUCCGUUCACGACCAUUCGUCCUCAGAUUGGUAUUGUCAAUUAUCUUGCUGGAGAGCGGGUAAGCAUGGCCGAUCUACCGGGUUUGAUCGAAGGCGCUCACAUGAACAUCGGUCUCGGUCACCGGUUCCUGCGUCACUUGGAGCGCUGCAAGGUCCUACUGUACAUGGUGGAUAUCAAUGGCUUCCAAUUGUCACUCCAUGAUGAGAUGCGAUCGCCUCUUGAAAACAUUGAGAUUCUUGCGGAGGAGCUGGAAAUGUACAAGGAAGGUCUAAGUCAGCGUCCCGCCAUCCUGUGCAUUACCAAGAUGGACACCCCCGGCGCCGUAGAGAAGUGCCGGGAACUGAUGGUGCACCUCAAGAAUUACAUGGUGGAUGGUGCUACUAUUCCUGAUCUGGAUGCAUACAAAAACUUUGUAGAAGAAACACCCAUCCACGAAGGGGAGAGGAUGAAGUUCUUGCCUGAGGAAGAUCAUAUCCUUCAAGCACCUCUCCUGACAGCUGAGGGUCAGUUAGAAGAAAAGCCAAUGGUGGACAUUGAUGCAGGUGAAGUGCUGGCUCACCUCGGUGAGAGCUCGGCACCGAUUUCUGAAGAUGGUGCCAUCCAUGUGUCUGACUUCCCUGUCCCAGCGCAUGAGAUGACCGGUUACCACGCUGGUAACCCGCUGCUGAAAGACGAGGUGUCUGCCGAAGCAAGGCGCAUUAUCGAUGCACCCAUCUCACCGGAGAAUGUCUCCCGUUCAACUGUGCUGGAGCAGCAGCGGCGCUCUAUGUCGGUUGGGAAGAUCGAGGCUGCUCGGGAUGUGCGUGAGCGAGCGCAGCGCCAGCGUGAGCAGCUGCGUGGCUUGGCCAUGGGCUUCGAGUACGAGAAGUCCCCGCUAGACCAGGCAGACGAGAGAACUUUUAGGAACGUUAGUGCCCAGGAUCUAGAUGUCAGUCCUGAAGGGUAUACUCCUCUGCAAGAUGAGAGCAUCGCGGAAAAGGAACAAGUAGAUGAUGGCGCAAUCGAUGGCAGGAUGGACGAGGAGGAAACAUCGUUAAUGUCGCUCGGUGAAAGUGCACUUGCCACCAGUGCAUCUUCACGUCAACGCAAGGCUGCCACUAAUAGCCUGGCAGUGCGGCGACCAAAGCCCACCAUCAGAUUUCAACAGGUCAUUCCAAUCUCUUGCCGGCGAGAGUUACAGGGUCUCGACUUCCUCUAUCUCACCAUGCGUGGCGUCGUCAAGGCUUCCAAGCAAAUGAGCGGUGAGCGUGUCAACUUCACUCAGCAGCUGGUCCGUUCUGAAUCACCGGAGUUGCAUGGUGAAGAGCUGGAGGAGGCACAGCGGUUCACACAGAUGGCGCAGCGGGCCGAGGAUGCCCAAAAGUAACAUUGAACUUGCUUUUACUGGACAUUUAUUUUCUUUCUCUGCCUUCCUUCCUUCACCCAAGACUCCACUAUGAUCUUGUAUUUGUGACUUUAACAUACCAACUUGAUGUUGAGAUUCAACUGAUCGGUACAUUUGUGCAGCCCGUCUGCAUCAGUCAUCAUGA